GCGCGCGAGGAGGCUGAGCGAGCUGCGGGCGCGGCGGACCAGGAUGGAUUUCCAGCAGCUGGCUGACGUUGCGGAGAAAUGGUGCUCCAACACGCCCUUCGAGCUCAUCGCCACCGAGGAGACCGAGCGCAGGAUGGAUUUCUACGCCGACCCCGGCGUUUCCUUCUACGUGCUGUGUCCGGACAACGGCUGCGGGGACAAUUUUCACGUGUGGAGUGAGAGCGAGGACUGCCUGCCUUUCUUGCAGCUAGCACAGGAUUACAUCUCCUCCUGCGGCAAGAAGACGCUCCACGAAGUCUUGGAAAAAGUCUUCAAGUCUUUCAGACCUCUACUGGGACUUCCUGAUGCAGAUGAUGACGCCUUUGAAGAAUACAGUGCAGAUGUUGAAGAAGAGGAGCCAGAGGCGGACCACCCCCAAAUGGGUGUCAGUCAGCAGUAAACUUCUGAAGGCUCCCACCUAAGCAGCAAAGGGAGCCUCUGGGUCUGCAAGGUGGGGUCGGUGCUCCUGGGUUAGCAUUUUGCAUUAGCACUUCGAAGAAACAGGACGCCUGACUCCCAGCAUCCAAAUUAAAAUGAAAUACCUUUUUAACAACCACAAAAUAUCUGGGAUGACCUUUGCUCAGAAAUAACUGAAUUUUACUCCCGUUUCAGUGGAUUUCUAUGGAGUUGUGUCGGUAGCCUUUACCAUUUUGAAUUUAGAGUCCAUUUUGUGGCUGACUGUUCUCUCUUGAGUUUAUGUUGGGGAACUAACAUUCGCUUAUGUGAAUGUAGAGAACUCUGAAUGUAUUAAGGGUAUGUUUUGAGGGAAAGCAUGGCAGAGAAGAAAUGCAGUCUGCACUUUUUAUGUACCUUUAAGUGUCUGUAAGUGAACGGUUUUGCUUAUAAAGCAUGAGUUUUAAUAUCUAGUCAUUAAGCUGCACAAGUGCAAAUCCAAGGGCAGGAGAGGAUAAUCAAUCACUUAGUUUGGGAUGGGGAGAGCAAGAAGCCUUUAAGUGUUCUGCUAUUUACCAGGUUACCUACACAUGUAGCAACUGGUUCAACUUAGGUAUAAACAUUACUUGCAUGUUCGGUUGUUUGAAAACAUGCUAAUUCCAAAGCCACUUUUAAAGUCUAGAAAAUAUAAACGGGGUGAAAGACAUAAAUUAUUGAUUUCUUUGAAAUGUUUAUAAUCUGUCCCACAUAUGAAAUGAGAGGCAUUUACCUUCUCUCUUUAUAAUCAUAUGGCAACUUGUUAAAUCAUGAAAACAUCUUAAGUCCAAGUGCCACUUAAACUUUCAAGCCAUAGAUAAAUUUAAUAGAAAAAUAAACCAGUAUGAAAUUUUUUAAUGAUAAAUCCUUCUUUACUUUCUUAAUCUUUUUAUUCCUUAAAAAAAAAGGAUCCCACUGUAUAAUUUACUGAAAAAUUGUAAUCAAACACUUUGAUGAACCUAAUGACAGUGAAUUUUUAAAGUGAUACAAAAGUGGGAAUCUUUUAUGGGUUACUUUGUUUCAGAGAGGAAGUUUUAAUGAGCAUAAUACUCAAGACAGUUCACAGAAACAACUGCUAUAAUAACUGGAAAUCGUGCUGUCAUCAUUUAGCCAACAAAUACUAAUGGGGGAAACCCUUUGUGACGCUAACAUGGAAUUAUUUAAAACGUUCAUUUUCUUGGACCUGCCCGCCUCUGGUUCUAAUAGUUUAGGGUGCGGAAUACCUCUUUUACAACACUUGACUAAACAUAGCGUCUGGGGGAGGCUGUUUUUAACAUGCACACACAUGCCUGAUUAAAAGUCAUCACAGUUUUGGGUUUAAAAAACAAAACAGCAGCAGCAGAGGCCAUAGAGCUUGUGGGAGUCUUGUAUAUCUUCCAGGCAUGUCGGUGUAAAUCUGAUGAUCUCAACCUUUUCUCUUUAAUCGAUUGGUGCUGUGAAGGCGGAGGCUACUCGUGGUAAAACAGUGUACUGAGGUUUGAAGUCAUGGGGUAUAAUAGUAUAGUGGUUUCCAUCUGUGUUUAAGUACCUACAUUUUUUCUUUUUUGGAAAGACAUUAAAGGUUCCUUUCAAGUAAAAUGAAUUUCCUUCUAAGUAGCCUGUUAACAAAGCAAACCUUGGUAUUUUGUCCAGUGGGGUUAAUGAGUUCGGUGCUUUGCUGCCUUGCCUGUGUGGUGAUUGGCUCCAUACCUGAGUGCAGGUGACUGUGAGCUGUACCGUCUGUAGACAUCACCCAGGCUGGGUCACAUCUGUUUUUACAAUAGGCAAGAAUGACUCCCGCAACUGAAAUAAGCUUGACUAGCUUGUUCCAUUCAAAGGUAAACUGGAAUUUUAUAUGUGGAGGCUUAAAAUUGAAAUUUACAUAUAUUUGAAAAAUGGAAUCAUCAUUAAUAUGAAAUAUAUUUUAUCAAAAAAAUGUUUAGACUUUGACCAAAUACAUAUCGGUGUUAUUAUGUUAAUGUUCUCUGUUUUGAAAGUUGAGCUGAGAGAGCCAUUCAGUGGGCGGAAGAGAAACUGGUCUUUGUUCUGCUCCUGUGUAGGGUAUCACCUAGCUAUGUGUUACUUAUUUUCAUAGCAACAUCCGCAAAAGCAUUAGCAAAUUGGGUUGUUUUCUCUAAAACUCCCUUUUUUCCAGGUACACAUUCCCUCCAAUGCUCAUUUACACGAGUGUACAUGUGCGCACACUCACCCCACCUGCUCUGGGGGUUCUUUAUUAGAGCCGAGUGCGUGCAGAGCUUCCCCAGGUCACUAGUGAGUCUGGCAGCUGUGGUUUUGUUAUGGAAAUGAAUCCAUGACUAGACAAGUUCCUGACUUUCAUAAACACAGAGACACACUAACCAAGAGGCAGUGUGGCCCAGUGGGAGAAACAUUGAGCCAGGAAUUAGGAGAGGGACCUGGCUUCUAGUCUGAUUCUGCCAAUGACUGCGUGACCAUGGGCAAGUCACUUAAUUUGCCAGAAACAAGGGUGUUUGGUCUUCCAGCUUUAACCACUAUCCUUCCAUAACUGCCUUAUGAUAUUUUGUGUAUGAAGAGCAACAAUCAAGGAAACUUGUAGGAAAAUGGCAAGGAGGUAUGUUUUGAAUUUUGCCAAGGUGCUAUCCUGAGGCUCCUGGCCAUAGGAGCACACAGAACAUGUUUCUGGUGGUCUGAGUGUCCAAGUCUACUGGGCCCAAACCCAAGGAGCUGCUGACAUGCUGUUCUUUAGGAAAGGGUAAAAUGAGGCCCUAGAAGAGGAGAACAUUCUUGUCCCAGUGCCCAUGCUGUGCCUAUGGAAGGCAUAGCUUUUCUUUGUGUGCUGGCAGACUGGGGCUUUGGAAACAGACUAAGUUUAAUUUAACCAAAAGGGGGGACAUUUUCAAGAAUAAGUGGAAGAGAGUGAAAGAUGAUCACUAUUACUCUUUGGCCAGGUCAUCCAAUAGAGAAUAAGAGUGUGUGUGUGUGUGUGUGUGUGUGUGUGUGUGUACACAUGCAUGUGUGCACCUGGCAGAAUGACUGCUUGCUUGUUGGUCACUGUGGGCCAGCUGUGACUUCACACCUCUGAUAACGAUGCAAAACCUGAUCCUGGGUUGAGUGAACUGCAGAGGUAUUUUUCUUAUGGCUGCCUGGUUACUUUUCUCUGCCUGAUACGGAGCAGGCUUCAGGGUCUUGAGAGAGAAUCACAGAGUUGAGAAGGCAGGGAGACCCACACAGUGCCUGCCACCAUCUGAUUUAGUUACACUGGGGUGUCCCCAAGCUCAUAGCAGCACAUAGUGCUUUUUACCCAUGACUGAAACAUAAAACAGUCUCUAAUUUAGGAAUUCUCUUUGUGUCCUGGUGCCAGAAUUAGGUUUCCAGUGUACUUAAGUGAACAUCUCCUUGUCUCAGUUAUUAUUAUAUUUCACAUCUAAGCAGAAGCCAUUUUCCUGCACAAUUAUGUCUCUGAAUAUCAUUUCUGUUUCUUAAGAGCACAAAGUGUGUGGACCUCGGGGAGCUGUGAUAUCAGAACUCCGUCAGAAUUUAUAUUUCAGGAAUCUGCUAUGCGUAUUAAAAUCUACAAGUGGGGGAACUGGAAUGAACAGAUUUGAUUUCCUAUGAUUUGAGAGGCACGUAGGGAUGGUCAGGACUUAACCUGGGCUGGGAGGAGAUGAGUAAGGGAGUCUGAGAGGUCGGGCCCUACUCUAACAGGAGGCAGGCAUGUAAAGCACAGAAAAACUUGCCAGGAGACUACUUUCCUUAAAGGUACUGCACGUGUGUUGGGAGGCGUAUUGGAGAUGGCUUUGUGACAUUAAAAGAAGUCCCAGCCAUGGAGACAAUGGGUGUUUUACAAAGCUAGUGGUGUUUUUUUCCCCUGGAUAAACCACUCUGAGCCAGAGAAGCCACUUUCCAAAGUGCCGACAGAUCUCAAGGGCUUCAGUCACCUGGCAGCAGAACAGGGCCCAAACUUGAUCUGGCCUUUGGCUGUAGAGGGAACCGUGGGUCAGGGAUGACCGGAGGGCCAGAGGGCCGAGCCUCCUUACUCUACCUGGCUCAGGAUUGUAGAAAGAGCACAAUUAAAACUCAAGUGGAUCACAGGUCCCUCUUCCCUUUAUUGAGUAUUAACUCCAAAGAGAUGCCAUUGCCAACUGCUUAGUCUUCAGAUUACCAGUGAAGCCAAAAUUUCUUAAGAGUUAAAAAGUAAAUCCUUUUUCAUAAAGAUCCAAUCAGUUACCUUGGUUUUGUUAUGCCAAGAAUGACAUGAAAGGCCGAAGUCUUUCACAUUUUAUACAAAAUAAUUCUAAAACUUGCCAGAAUGCCAGUAGCCUCUGGUGUCCAUGGCAACACGGUGUCCAUGGUAAGAUAUCUAUAGCUCAUGCCCAUUGGGCAAAUUGCUCAAUAAUAUGUUGUCUUUGGUUAUUUUUCUUCAAAUUUGGGUUAUGUAAGUAGAGGACCUAUGACCAUUUUUUUGUUAGAAACCCCAGUUAAAGCACUGUAAGGCUGAGGGGCACUGGCACUUAAAAGUGCGUGCCAGGCCACAUAAAAAUAAACAUUUAAUUUGCUGAGCAAUGUUUUUAGGUUAUUCAAUUCUGCAGAGAAAGCUGGCAGUCUGUUCUUUGUAAAAACUGCCUUUUCCUGUUUUUUUUUUCCUCGUAUUUUUGUUAAGGUUCCUUUUUUAUUAAGUAUCUUCUAAUAGUUAGGCAGAUAAAGACACAGAUAAUACUCUGAACAGAUGUUAGCUUUUUAGAGGGAAAAAUAAAUGGUCUAUUCUAGGGAAAAUCAGAAACUAUCUGUGAACCAGUCUUAAUCUGUGUAUUGGCCAUCUACAUGAGACGAAAAAGCAAGGAACAGUUUUUGUUUUGUUUUUUAGGCAAGAAAUGUUUCAUGCAGGGUGUGGAUGCUUUCUUUGCCUUUAUAUUUCCUUUCAGAGAAAUCUCUUGUAAAUUACAAAACUGUGAAAUGGGUUGCCAAAACUUGUUGCCCUUCCUUAGACGCUUCCAGCAGUGUAAAAACCCUUUAUUGAACCCUGUCCACAUCUGCUCCUUCCUCCCUCCCCUGAGUGAGGAUCUCAUCCAACAAUGUAAUUACCAUCCGCUUGCUAUUAAAGAGCCUUCCAAACUUGGUGAUGUUUGCCUCUUUUUUACACCCGAGAACUGUCUGGUCCUGGAAGAUUGAUAAUGAGGAACAAGGAAUAAAGACCAUCAGCUAACUUUGUGGUUG